CCUUCAACAGGAGGACAGAGGUCCUUGGGAAGUCACCUCACUGAGGGAGGAGGGAUAUAUAAGGUGGCAGGACACUGAGCUUCAUCACAACACGCCAACACCACCACCACCAGCCUCCGCUGCCCUGCAGAAGACCUUGAGAGAGCGCCCCUCCCCGCCAACAUGUGCCGCACGGCAGCCCUGCUCCUGAGCCUGGCCGCGGUAGCGCUGGCUCGCUAUGCCUGGCGGUUCCCCGUCGACUACGAACUAACACUCUCCCAACCCCUCACCACCUCCUUCAGCUGCGACGGCCGCCCCUACGGCUACUACGCCGACGUCGACAACAACUGCGAGAUCUACCACGUCUGCGUGCCUGUCUACGGCUACUUCGGGGCCCCCGUGCACACCUUCCAGUACUCCUUCGUCUGUGGGAACCAGACGACGUUCAGUCAGAAGACCCUCAACUGCGACUUCGCAGACGAGGCCUUCCCUUGCGACCAGUCUCCGUCGCUCUACGCUGAAAUCCCGCUACACGACGUUGACGCUGACCCAGACGCCAUCUUACCCUCGUAGCAACCUCGUGUCCUUAUCCCAAGACUUUUAUGAGGUCUCGGACUCUUGUAAGAGGUCUCAGACUCAUGUAAGAGGUUUCAGACUCAUGUAAGAGGUCUCAGACUCUUGUAAGAGGUCUCAGACUCUCGUAAAAGUCUGAGUCUACUCAAUGGGAUGCAAUUAUACUGACUUUCAUCCCCAUUGCAUUAUCAUACUACAGGACUAAAGUAUACUUUCAGUGAAUAUACACCUAGAAGCUAUAGGUAUAUCUCUUGGUGUGUAUAUCCUGCCAAUAUAAUUCAGUCAUAGAUAUGUGUGUGUCCAUCCUACGCUCGAAACAAUCCAAGGCUCCCACGUCUAUUAUGAUACCCGGUAAUGUGUUUCGUAAACCUACAACAGUGUUCCCUUUGUGUAAAUAUUUAUUUUAAAAAUAUUCGACACAAGUUCUGCUGCAGCUUAUAAUAAUUGUGACUCGAGGUUGAAUAAAUGAUCACUGUUCCUU